UGCACCCUCCCACCUGCUCCUUCCGCCCAGCCCACCCGCCUAUAAAAAGAGCGGUUGGCGCUGGCAAAAAGAGACGGGGAAGGAAGCGACCGAGGGCGCUUUAGUGCUGCUUGAAAGCGGGCAUCGCGUUCUAAGGGCGCUCGGGUUAGACAGACCGGCCGGGACUUUUGUUCUUUGGAAGAGGAAAGGCGCUUUUUUCUUUUUUUUUUUUUGGACUAACCGGGGGGGGGGGGCGGAAGACCCAUUUGCCGGGCCGCCAUGGAGGUGAGCGCGGCGCGGAUGUCGUCGAGCGACAUCGCGGACCUGAACAGCCAAGACGCCCAGACGGUGUGCGAAGCGCUGGGCCGCUACGAAGAAACGCUUCGCGGCGCGGUUAAGGAGAUCCACGUGGAUAUCCAGGUCUUUAAGAACGGCGUGGACCGGCAGGUGGCCGAAGUGCUGCGCUUGGCCAACCCGCUGGCCAGCACCGUAGCCGAGCUCCAGCAAGAGAACCAGCAGUUGCGGACGCAGGUCGAGCAUUUAACUCAACAGGUGGAGAUCCUCAGCCGGGCAGCCGGACUCUCGGACGUCUUGGUCUCUAAGCCGGUAUCUCCGACGGCGUUCGCGGCAUCGCCGAAACUGGGCAGCAACAGCAGCAGCAGCAGCCGCUUUGCCAGCCACGCUAGACUGUCCCUUUCCAGCAAGAGUCAGAGCUUGGACAUUGAGGAUGAAAAGAACUUUAUGAACAAAAGAACUCCUGAUUCAGCCAUAACUGAGAAUGGGCAUCAGUUGUUAGGAGAUUCUCCUCUUGAGGCACAUGCUCCAGCCAUGUCUUCACGGAUGCCCCACCAGCCUGUUACUGCAGUAACUAGAGUACCGGAAACGUUUUCAGGAGAAAUGGUUGGCUCGCCAACUGUGCCAAACUCUCCCGGUGGGCAGCAGAGCAAUGCUCAUAAUGAGACUGUGUCCAAAACAUUGAUUCAAGCAGAAAAAGAGGUGAAAGGUGCUAGCAGUUCAACCUCAAGCACUGCGAAGAACUGGAACGUGAGUUCAGUGAGGACAACAAAUGCUUCCUUUACUUCAGAUAAAUUUUCUUCGGGGACAAAAUCCACAUCGACUGUAAGCUAUGGAAGCCAAUCUAGUGAAAGUGUCACAAGCCAACAAACCCAGGCUUCAAAGUCUCACUCUUCACCUUCUUCAGUCCAUCGACAAGUGGAAAAGCGAAGAGAGCUGGUGAGAUCUCAGACUCUUCCCCGGACCUCAGAGACUCAGUCUAGGAGAGCACUCUUUGAGAAGUUUGAGCAGGAUACUGGAAAGGGGAAAAGUGUAGGCCGGACCAAACUCAAAAGAUCCCAGAGUUUUGCAGUUGCCAGUGCCAGCAGCAUCAAGCAAAUCCUCUUGGAGUGGUGUCGGUCCAAAACUAUUGGCUACAAGCACAUAGAUCUGCAGAACUUCUCCUCUAGCUGGAAUGAUGGGAUGGCUUUCUGUGCACUGGUGCACUCCUUCUUCCCUGAAGCAUUUGAAUACCACACAUUGGACCCCACCAAGCGCAAGGAGAACUUUGAAUUGGCAUUCACAACAGCUGAAAAAAUGGCCAACUGUGACCGCUUGAUUGAAGUGGAGGACAUGAUGCUGAUGGGCCGCAAACCAGACCCCAUGUGUGUCUUCACAUACGUGCAGUCUCUCUACAACCACCUUCGGCGCUUUGAAUGAAUCCAGGAAGGCCAUGACUCUUAGAAUGGGACUGCUCCACAGCUGCUUUUGUGCUAAUGUUUGGUGCUGCUACACAGCUGCUUGCAUCCCUGCAGAGGGAAGUCCCAGGCCGCUGGACACAGCCACAAGCCAAAGAGAAAGAAAAGAUAAAAACAGUCAAGGUUCCAGGGCAGCUAGAGCUGUUGCUGAAAAAAACGAUAGAAGGCCAGCAGUUCCUUCCUUGUUCUCUCUAGGCAGCUGUGAAUAGAGAUUCUUGUUCCAAGAAUUUCCUUUUAACUAUAUGUGCAAGCUGAUUUGACCAAAUUGACCUAGAGGGAUAAUUCAAGCAUGAUCUCCUCUUCUGCUCCCUGUUUUUCUUCCAUAGAUGUCUCUCAAAAGUAUAUAAUGCUAUGUCUAUCAUUUGUGGGCAGCUAUGCUAUCAGUUGCUUCAUAUGAUAUCCCCCUUCUUUUCCCCCAAUUCCUUAUGCUCUGGAAUUCCUGGGAUAGAUUAAUGCAUAGAGACAGAUUCCAGUGUGGAUAGCUUGAAGGCUAAUGUGCAAAUUCUCCUGAUCACAGGGGCUUCUUGCAUACUUUUAGAACUCAGCUUGUUUCCAAAGGCUGCAGUAUUGAAACCUGUUUUCCUUCAAACCAAAAGACUUGCUUGUACAUUUUUUUAAAAAAAAAAUGCUCUUGCAAUAAUGCAGUAUAUUAACCUGCAUGACCAUAACUGAAACUUCACCACAAUUUGCUUUAGCAUUACUUUCCCCCAAUAUCUGUUAAUCUGUCACCUGAAAGCUGCAUGUUGAAUCUUGCUUUGGACCCACCUGAAACUGAGCUCAGGGAAAAAAUGAGGACUCAGUCAGGCGAUAGUAUCUGAUACUGAAGCAGGUAUUGGCAACCAUGUGAGGGUUAUCAGAUUUAGCAUUUGGAGGGGGGGAGGGGGAGAGGUUUAGGGAAAAGAAAGUCUACAUGAAAAGUGCAGAAAAAGGCAACAAAAAAGGAACAAAUGAGGCAGAAAAGCCACAAAGAAAGGUGCAGUGAGGCAAUCUGGCUGGAGGAGAACAUAUAUAUUAUUUUUCCUACUUGUGGGGAGGAGUUUAUUUUUUAAAAAAACUAUUAAACCUGUUAUAGGUGUACAUUAGUAGGAGCAGGCUCUGGGGGAGGCAGAAAUGAGAGCUGUGGGAUGCAUAACCCUGAGCCCUGAGGUUGCUCACUCCUGCAACAGAGCAAGAAUACUUACCCUAAAUAGCUACGGUGAUGCACAAGGACUGCGUGGAGAGACUCUUAUGGUCAGAUUGUUGAAAUUCUGCAUAAUACUUUCAUACCUUAGUCUUCUGGUCUUGAAGGAAUGAGGAGAAUUUGCUCUUUAUGAUAUACAUCAAAUUCCCAGGAGGUGAUUGCCAGAAAGGAGACUGAUUACAGCAAGAGCACCACUGAGUCCAAAAUGUUUGUCCAAAAUAUUUGAAGUAACUGGUGCCAGAUACAUCAGUCCUAAUGCAUGCUAACUGAGAAUUCUGGAUGGUACCAGAUUGGUAAGAGUCCUCUUAGAACCGUGAUGAUGAACCUAUGUGGCACGCGAAGCCGUAUCUGGGCAUGCGAGCAUUGCCCUAGCUCAGCUCCAGCGUGCAUGCGCGCACCGGCCAGCUGAUUUUCAGGCCUUCCAGGCCCACAGAAGUUCAGAAACGGGCUGUUUCUGGCCUCCGGAGGGCCUUUGGGGGGUGGGGAAGGCCGUUUUUGCCCUCCCCAGGCUCCAAGAAAGGCAAAAAAGUUAGCCAUCACUGUCCUAGAAGCAUUUGCUCUGGUAUGUGGGAGAAUUAUGCUCAGUAAAAUAAGGAAGAGGCUCCAGAUCUUCCAAAACUAUCGUGGCUAAAAUGGAGUCAUGGUUCAGAUUAGCUGGGAAAAGUGUUUACAUCCACCCAUAAGAAAUUACGCUGCACUGAGACCACACCAUUAGAGAAAUAGCCAGCCAGCUAAGGUGCAGCACGCUUCUAAUCUCAGUUUGGGGAUUUGCUGUUCACAUCUUGAAGCUAUUUUGAAAACGGUCUCAAGUAUUACACAAGAUUUUGCAUGAAAGCAAGUUGCCUAGUAUCAGCAUAAGCUGCUUUAUAUGACUGACCCCCGCUGGCCACUCGUUAAGAGUUAAAUACUUAGUUCUGUACUCCGGGGAAAUUAACUUUGUCUCAAACAUCCUUUGGAUUUGGGCUCAAACUCCUCUAAACCCAUCAUUGGCUAGACUAAGCUAUUUACACAAUAUUUUAAUUUUCUCUUGAUCCAGUUAACUGUGUUGUAUGAUUAGGGACAGUGUAACCUGAAUCCUAGGGUCAUGCAGUUUUCUAAACAUGAAAUCCAGAUUAACAAAAUCCAAUUGCUGGGUUCACAUAGCAGCUUUUGCAUGAAGAAACCAAAUUAUGGUUAGGUUGGUGGCCUGAUUUACACAAAAUGUUAAGAUAAGGGCAGGGAUCCCAGCACAUUUAAUUUAGCUUCAUCUACCAUGUAUGUCCAAUCAUGUAUGCUUGUGUAUGUUUGGAGUAGGAUGUAUGUCAUAAGUCAUGACUUUAUUCAAAUGAAGAAAAUAAUAUAAAUUGGACAUGACUGACAGAUUAUGGAAUUUGUACCAUUUGUAUAAUGUCACUGGCUCAUGUCCCAUCAUCCUGAUUUUUGCAGACAUCUAUAUAAUCACAGCUAUUUGGCUAUCCUGAAGCAGCAGGAAUGUGUGUUUUGGGGUGAAUUAGUGAUUUUUAGCUGUCUGGCCCACACAACUCUGCCACUACAGACCUCCAUCAACUUCUUGCCAAGGUGUUUCCCUGCACAGUCAAUAGCUUGCUCAGAGCGGUUUCCUGCCUUGGGGCUGUACAGAUGGCCACUAUAAAACAAAUAAAAUAAAGGCAGCUU